AUGGCAACCGCGACGCAGCUCAUGCCGUCACCGAGUGGCCUGAAGUCCAUGUCGGCAUUCAGCCCCUACACGGACUCGCCCAGCUCACCGGGCACCUUCGCCCACGUCUUCUCAAAUAGAUCCUCAGGGCACACGUCCGACCACCUGCAACCACCGCCCAGCCCGUAUCCGGCGACCGUCGACCCCUCGCCCGUCGACAGCAACGGCACAAGCCAUACCGAUCACACUGAGAUCGAAGACGAUGCCCAAGUCAAUCACCCAAGUGCAAGCGAAGAUGGCAUGAGCGAUAUCAGAUCGCCGGGCACUGACGACAUUGUGAGCCCGGCGAGCCAGGACGGGCCCGCAAAGCCCCAUACCCAUAAGCUCAACACCGCCGUGCGCAGGGCUGACUCGGACGAUGCCCCGCCGUCUGUUAUCCAUGCGCCCGACACCUUCAAGCAAUUCAACCGGAUGACGUCUGGCGGGUCGUCGAGCGCAAACACGUCAGAUAACACCGCUGUCGUAUCGCCGUCAACGCCUGAAGCCAACAUGCUUCCGGAUGUCGAGGACAAGCACACAUCUUCUGCCUACACUACGCCCAUUGAUACCGCCGUGUCCAACUCAGUUACCGACCGCAGUACGCCGCGUGCCCAGACAAGACAGGAUUUCGAGGAGGACUUGAGGCGGCGCAGCGUUCGUAAAAGCGUGAAUCUCGCGGAUAUCGCCGAGUACGACGACCAUGCUACCACUGAUUCUUCUGCAAGCUCCGUCAUCGAACAGGAUGACAGCCAGUCAUCACAAUCGCAAGACGGCGAGUCCAUGUCCAUCGGCACUCAAACGAUGGGUCAGGCGAUCCACGGCAUUCAAGAGUCAGAGAAGGAAGUGGCGGCCCUGCGAAGCGCACUGGACGAAUGCUGGACACUCUGCAACUCGCUGGCCAAGUUGAGCCAACACCACAGAACACGCAUGUUCCACUACUCCGGUGGAAGUCCUGAUAUGCAAGAACAUGCCUGGAGAACGUGUUGGCGACUUUGCCAGAAGCUCUACGAAAGUAGAGAGGAGAACCCCUCCACGCAAAUUCGACCAACACUGGAGCUUUGCCGCGACUUUUGUCAGGCACUAUUCGACGUGCGUCAACGCGGCGAUGAGGCUUCUGAUUCGGUGCUCAGAGUCAGCUUUGAGCUGAACAACCAUCUCUACAACGCACAUGAUCGCACGCUACCCGAGACAUUCCGUGAACGCACUCUGGAUUUCUACCUGACAUUAUGCCAUCGCUUGAUGAAGCAGCGUACUUCUCUUCCAGAGGAGACCGAUUCACUACUCCACGCAUGCUGGUCGCUGGCAGAAAUGCUUUUUAGUCUCCGCCAAAACAGCCGGGAUGGCAAGCCAGCCGACGAGGAACUGCUGGGCUCGGCAAUUCAGGCGUGUUGGGAGUUGUGUGACUUGUUCCGUGAAGGCUGGACACAAGUGCGGCCUGAUCGCGGCACUCCACGACCCACUCAGUAUGCCUUCUCGGUCGGUCGCAGUUCCAUGACACAUCGCUCCCAGACUGCGUAUUCGGAACGGUCUGGGCGAUCCUCCAGUGUCAAUGAGUCGUACCAUUCAGCCAUUCAAUCGAGAAAUGCGACGCCAAUGCAGCCAGAGACACCAACAACCAUCUUCGAUGACCGCGAAGAGUUCUCGCCCGCAGAUGAGCCCAACGUGCCAAACAUACUUGUUCUCGGCCCAGAAGCUGGCAUGACGCGGACUCAUGAUCGUUGGUCAUCCGCUUCCUCCAACCUUUCCACAUACUCUGACGCCUCACAACACACUUCCUCUACCGCCACCGCUGGUCGAGAGGAUGCCAACCUGGUCCGCCUGAAAGGGCUGAUCAUCAAGGCAGCCAUCAACACAGGCUACAACCGCCAGAUCCCCCUCCCAGACUUUAUUCGUGCCUUACCGUCCAACAGCUUCGGCGCCGAGACGUGGCAAAGUCAAUUGUUCGAGAGCUACCGAAAACUUGUUCUUGCAGACCCGACACUACGAAGCGUUCACACUCAACCACUCCGCAGGCUGACGGCACUUGAGAUUGGACGAUCGGUGCAAUGGCUGGGCCGCAGCGAGUCAUUCAAGUGGCUGCGCGAGCUCUAUCGCUUCGUCUUCGGGGCCUAUCCUGAAGAUACCAGUCAGCGCAACCUCAUAAUCAACGCCUAA